GACGGCGGGGUCUCGGCCGGGGGGCGGGCCCUGUUCAUCCGUGCUGCAAGAUGGCGCUGCCCUUUGCACGCUCGCUGUGCCUGUGCCGCUGGGGAGCCAAACGAUUGGGAGUUGCCGCCGCGGAAGCCCGCAGAGGCAUCAGUUUCAAACUGGAAGAAAAGACCGCUCACAGCAGCCUGGUACUCUUCAGAGGUGACACAGGUGUCAAAUAUGGCAUGGUGGGAUUGGAGCCCACAAAAUUGGCCCUGAAUGUGGAGCGAUUCCGGGAGUGGGCAGUGGUGCUGGCAGACACAGCGGUCACCAGUGGCAGGCACUACUGGGAGGUGACAGUGAAGCGCUCCCAGCAAUUCCGAAUAGGAGUGGCAGAUGUGGACAUGUCCCGGGAUAGCUGCAUUGGUGUUGACGAUCGUUCCUGGGUGUUCACCUAUGCCCAGCGCAAGUGGCACACCAUGUUCGCCAAAGAGAAAGCCCCUAUUGAGGGCAUUGGGCAGCCAGAGAAGGUGGGGCUGCUGCUGGAGUAUGAGGCCCAGAAGCUGAGCCUGGUGGAUGUGAGCCGGGUUGCUGUGGUCCACACACUACAGACAGAUUUCCGGGGUCCAGUGGUGCCUGCCUUUGCCCUUUGGGAUGGAGAGCUGCUGACCCACUCAGGGCUUGAGGUGCCUGAAGGCCUCUAGUAUGUCCAUUGCUGAAGUACCUAAUCAUGCUCUUGGCCAGUCUUCCGCUCUAAGUGUCCGAAACCUUUUAACUGUUCCCCAAGCAACCGCUAGCUCCCACAAUUCAGUGUCGGGUCUUCUGUGCAAUAUCUUAGUCAUCUUCCACUCCCUUACCCUGUGAAAGCUAGGCAUACAGCCACCCUCUCUCCGCCCCCACACUACUGCUAGUUUCCUAGGCUGUCAUGAAUGUACUUUCUCUGACUUGCUUCCUUCAGUCUCUCUGCCUCCCUGUACCCUGGUCUUUCACAGACUGUAUUCAGUCCUGGGGGCUUAAUUUCCAGCUAUGUUUGAAUUUAUUCUUCACUGUGCUACCUCUCCCUCCUUUUGCCCACAUGUAACUUUGUUUGUUUUGGGGACUCUACCGAAUCUCUCCAGAGUAAAUCUUUUCUACCUCUGGCUGGAGGAGUGGUGCAGUGAAUGAUUUGGCCCUUUCUGUACAGCAUUUACAGUCUGGGCUCUGGCUCCCUCAGGAAGUGCUUUGCUGACUAUCAGAGUAACAGCCAUCCUUCCCCAAUACCUUAGUGUUACAGACUCAGUCCCAUACAGCUGCAGCUCUCCUAAACCUGAGCUCAUCUGCCUUAAUCUGCACACCUCUGACACCUGGUCAAUCUGUUGGACUCAUUGGACCCAGUUACAACCAUGACCAAAGGGGAAGAGACAUUUGGGGCUUACUGAGGGAAUUGGUGUUAGAAACUUUAUUCUUGGGAAGUUCCAUCUUCAUUUUUGCUACAGUUGUGACUUCUAGAAGGAGGAGGGAGGCCUGAGGUCUUACACAGUCUAUUUUGAGACCUGCUCAGACCCAUUUGCCUCCCCUGUCAGAAUACACGUAACCUAAAGCAGUAUUGGUAGCUGAGGAAAACCUAGUGGGGUGAGUGAGUAUGUGUGUGAAAUAUGUGUUGCUUGGGCUCUGUCUGACUCUGUGGUUCCAUCUUAUUCUCCCUUUAUGAUGGUGAUGCAGCUAGAUGCUGCUAGGGGAGAAAGAGAAGGACUGGGUCCAGUAAAAAUAAUUUGUGUAAUUAAAGUUUAUUUGAGCACAAAA